AUGACGUACUCUCAAAUUUCAGGGCCCUCGCUGUAUAGUGGAGCCAUUGCUGCUAUUUCAUCACCUUCAAAUGGGAUAGAAAUAUGGCGAAUUGAAGAUUUUAAGCCAGUUGCAUUGCCAAAAUCUGAUUAUGGUAAAUUCUAUUCUGGAGAUUCAUAUAUAGUUUUGCAGACAACUUCUCCUAAGGGUGGUGCAUAUCUGUACGACCUCCACUUCUGGAUUGGGAAAGACUCAAGCCAAGAUGAAGCUGGCACUGCAGCAAUCAAGACGGUCGAACUCGAUUCUGUACUUGGGGGUCGUGCAGUCCAGUAUAGGGAACUCCAAGGUUAUGAAUCUGACAAGUUCCUGUCAUACUUCAAACCUUGCAUUAUACCUAUGGAGGGUGGUUUCGCCUCUGGGUUCAAAACGCCAGAAGAGGAGACGUUUGAAACACGGUUAUAUAUUUGCAAAGGAAAGAGAGCUAUUAGAAUUAAGCAGGUUCCCUUUGCACGGUCAUCAUUAAACCAUGAUGAUGUGUUUAUCUUAGAUACUGAAAAUAAAAUUUAUCAAUUCAAUGGUGCAAACUCCAAUAUCCAAGAAAGGGCUAAAUCACUGGAAGUGAUCCAACAUUUAAAGGAGAAGUACCAUGGGGGUGUGUGUGAUGUUGCAAUCGUUGAUGAUGGAAAACUACAAGCGGAAUCAGACUCUGGUGAAUUCUGGGUCCUUUUUGGAGGUUUUGCACCUAUCGGGAAAAAAACUGUCAGUGAUGACGAUGUUGUACUGGAAACCACAGCACCCAAGCUCUACAGCCCGGACCACCAGCUAAAGGUCUUUAAAAGACCACUAGGGGGUGGGAGUGCAAAGGUAGCCAGGAGUAUCAAUGACGGUGAAUUAAAGUUUGAAGAUAUACCUCUUACAAAAGCAGUCCUUGGGAACACAAGAUGUUUCUUACUUGACUGCGGGGCUGAAAUGUUUGUAUGGGUUGGUCGGGUAACACAACUCGAGGACAGAAAAGCUGUCACUAAAGCAGUUGAGGAAUUCAUCAUUAACCAGAAAAGGCCAAAGACAACAAGAGUGACACAAGUGAUUCAGGGUUAUGAAAGCCAUGCAUUCAAGUCAAAAUUUGAAUCAUGGCCGGCGGGUACUGCAACAGGGAACUCAGGUGCAGAGGAUGGGCGGGGAAAAGUUGCAGCUUUAUUGAAGCAACAAGGCGUUGAUGUAAAGGGAGCUCCAAAAAGCAGCACUCCAGUAAACGAGGAAGUUCCUCCUUUGCUUGAAGGUGGUGGAAGACUCGAGGUGUGGUGCAUCGAUGGAAAUACUAGAAGUCCACUUCCAAAAGAGGACAAUGGAAAAUUUUACAGUGGAGACUGUUAUAUUGUUCUUUAUACAUAUCAUUCGGGUGACAAGAAAGAAGAAUAUUAUCUCAAUUACUGGAUUGGGAAGGAAAGCACAGCGAUUUCCAAGGACAAACUCAUGUUAUUGGUAUUAAAGGAGUUAACUGAUCUCUGUUUAUCACAUUUUUACAUCGACAUGACUCAUGUGCUUGAUGAUCAAGUAAUGGGAGCUGAACUAGCUAAUACAAUGUGGAAUUCACUGAAAGGAAGGCCUGUUCUGGGUCGUAUUUAUCAAGGGAAGGAACCACCACAAUUUGUUGCUCUUUUCCAGCCCAUGGUUAUCUUGAAGGGUGGUAUCAGUUCUGGAUACAAGAAGAUUACAGAAGAAAAGGGUGCGGCCAGUGGAUCUUACUCUCCCGAGGGCAUAGCUCUGUUUCGGGUGUCUGGAACAGCUAUCCAUAACAAUAAAACGCUUCACGUUGACGCGCUAGCUACAUCUUUAAGCUCCACAGACUGUUUUGUAUUGCAAACUGGAAGUGCUAUGUUUACAUGGCAUGGCAACUCUAGCACUUAUGAGCAACAGCAGUGGGCAGCGAAAGUUGCUGAAUUCUUGAAGCCUGGUGUGACAGUGAAACAUUGCAAGGAGGGAACAGAGAGUUCUGCUUUCUGGUUUGCUCUUGAUGGAAAACAGAGCUAUACAAGCAAACCCAUCAUGCAGGAUACUAUUGUUAGAGAGCCUCAUUUAUAUGCCUUCUCAAUUAGGAAAGGGAGACUAGAGAAAUACAUAGAGCAUGCGAUGUCGAUUGAAGAUCUUUCCCCUUAUGUACCACUUUACAAAGUCUCUGAAGGGAAUGAACCGUGCUUCUUCAAGACAUACUUCUCUUGGGAUAACACAAAAUCUGUGGUUUCUUGUUUUGUGCAGAUUCAUGGGAAUUCGUUCCAAAAGAAACUUUCACUUCUUUUUGGAUUACGCUCAGAGGGUGCAUCUAGGAGCUCUGGUAAUGGUGGACCCACUCAAAGGGCAUCUGCAUUAGCAGCUCUAUCAUCUGCAUUCAAUCCAUCUUCGCAGCCGAAGCAGGCUAACGAUAGUAGGCCUCCAAGCAGUUCGGGUGAUGGACCCACUCAACGUGCCUCUGCACUGGCUGCCUUGUCCUCAACUGCAUUCAAUCCAGCUCCGCAGCAGAAGCAGGCUACUGAUAGUAGACCUCCAAGCUCGGGUGAUGGACCCACUCAACGUGCCUCUGCACUGGCUGCCUUGUCCAAUGCGUUUAAUCCAUCCUCAAAACCAAAAACUCCACCUCCGUCACGUUCAGGUCAAGGGUCACAAAGAGCAGCUGCAGUUGCUGCGCUGUCCUCUGUGCUGACUGCUGAGCAGUCUGGAUCAUCUGACAAUCUCAAAGCUAGCAAGACGAGCACAACAUCAGAAAAGAGUGAGGCGGAGGUCGUCGUAAUAUCUCCAUCGGAGGCAUCUCCUCGCUCUGAAGCUGGGGAAUCCUCUGAAUUUCAGUCAGAGAAAGAUGCUGCAGUGGAUGAGGUGCCAUCCGAGGUAGAUGUAGCAGAGCCUGAGGCGCUGGAGGUGCCAGAGGAACAAGAAACUGAGCAUGUUGGUGAAGCAACAUUUAGCUACGACCGCUUGAUAUCUAAAUCUACUGAUCCUAUCCGCGGGAUAGACUACAAACGCAGAGAGGCAUACUUAUCAGAGAGCGAGUUCCAGACCGUCUUCGGCAUCACCAAGGACGCGUUCUACCAGCAGCCAGGGUGGAAGCAAGAGCUGCAGAAGCGGAAAGCCGACCUCUUUUGA